CUAUUUUUUUCUUCUUCAAGAAACUCAACCAUGUGAUGAGCAGGAAGAUUCAUCAGUGGAUUUGAUGCCCUGAACUUCCACGGGAGCACCGACACAACAGAGGGCUCUGGUCUCAACUGAAGGAAAACGGUAGGUUGCGUUGAAUGCGGUGACUACCAAACUACUACACAGGUUCACUUGAGAACGAAGAGGAGCCAGCAUUACCAUGAAUAAGAAGCUGGACCUUUCCCGGCUGUCAGAUGAGGAGGCUAAGCAUGUCUGGGAUGUCAUCCAGAGGGACUUCAACCUCAGGAAGAAAGAAGAGGAGAGGCUGGGGGAACUGAAGACAAAGCUUGAGAAGGAGGGGAACAAGAGAGAGCUGAUUGCUGGCCAGACCAACCUGGCAGAGUCCCACUGCAUCCACUGUCUGCACCCAUUCAGGUUCCUGGUCAACAGCAAACGCCAGUGCAUGGACUGUCACAUGUUCACCUGCAAGUCAUGCAGCCGGUACAGCAAAAAGGACCGAGCAUGGGUGUGUGACCCUUGCCGCAUGGGCAGGCUUCUGAAGAUCGGAACAUUGGGCUGGUACCAUGACAACGUGCGUACCCGCUUCAAACGGUUCGGCAGUGCCAAGGUGAUGAGGUCACUGUAUAAGAGGCUGAACGGAGAGCGGACCCGUGAUGAUGAUACAGUUAGCAUGCCGGAUGUUGGACGCAAUCCUUAUAAUGGCUAUGAUGAGGACUAUUUGGAUGCAGCUGAGGCUCAACGCUACAAAGCGAUGAGGAAACAGAAACGUCUCCUGUCUGUCCACCCACUUGACUUUGAUGUGGAGGAGUAUGCAGCCCAUUCACGCCGGCAGUCUGUUCAGUAUAUUCCGAAUGACAUGGACUACAAUGCUGACUUGUAUAACCAACAUCGCAUGAACCGCAGAAAGAGUUUGGACAGAUUCAUGCGAACAGAUGAUUCCUUCGCUGACCCCCGGAUGGUGCGUGCCCGCUCCCUGUCCAAGAUCAACUCGUCCCUGCCGCAGCGCUCGGGCUACCUGGACACCUCGGAGGAGGAGGACAGCUACCGCUACCCCGUCUACCAGCUGCCCCCACGCAGGCGCAGCAGAGCCUCCUCGCAGGAGAACGUCAACCAGCCACCGAUGCAUGAGCUGAACAAGCGCAUGUCCGCUAUUGAGAGCCUGCUGAAUCGCCUGGAGGAGAAGAUCAGCUCACCACCUGAACCUGUGGCGGCCUCGACCAUGCAACAACAAGUGGAGGCGGACAAGCUCAGGAGGAAGCUAGACGAACUGAUGAGCGACAGAGCGCUAUCGUCGUCCGACGAUGAAGACCUCGGUGUGGGGACCCCGAAGAGAAACGUCCCGAGAAGCCCCGGGAUGAAGAGGGCGGGAGGUGGUGGCGGGGUUGCCCAAGUCGCCCCGACUCCGGCUGAGGCCGGCUCCAGUUCCUCCAGUGAUGAGAUGCCUACCGAGGCCCAGAAGAGGUCGUCUGCGGCGGCCCUUGUUGACAUCACAACUGAGAUUCUAAGAACUAUUAAUGCCACAGAGAAAGCAGUGGCAGACUUGACCCCCACAGAGCCUAAAGUCAAGCCCCAGAUAGAGGGCUCAGAUGUCAGGCAAGCAGACGAAGCUUUCAGACAACUUGAGGAAAAUGUGUACAUCACGGCCGGCACUGCAUAUGACAUGGAGCAGACGUUGCAGUUGCUGGAGCAGAACACCAGGAACCAGUACGGCUGCAUGACCGACUCCGAGCUAUCCGAGCUGGAGGACCAGGUGGCCAAGGCAGCCGCCAAGGUCCAGUCCACGGAGAGCGAGGUGUCGGACAUUGAGAAUAAGAUAGCUGCACUCAGCACCAAUGGCCAGCAGGACAGGCCGAAGAAGAAGGUAUUGAGCAUGUCCCAAAGAAAGAAGUUUUCUCAAGAUGUUCCAUCAAGUAAGGCUUAGAAAAGCUCAAACUACUUGCUAAAAGUCUAAAAUCAAUCUAAAUGUACAUCUUUUCUGCUUUUGUGAUGAGGACCAAGUGCCAUUUCUGUCUGCAUAAUUCCCAAGACAAUACUUUAUCCUAAAAAAUCUUAACUUUGAAUUUGACUUGACAUUCCUGUCAUUCCUGUGACAUUCCUAUUUCUAGGAUAAUGUUUAAAAAUCUAAUGUUUUACAUGCAUUUCACUGUAGUGGGAUGCACAAAAAUUAGAGACAGGUGACCUUAACUCUAAGCUGCUUGAGGAACAAACACUGCUGCUAUAAUUUCCAUGCUAUGCUAUGCUUUUCAUUUUCAUUCCAUGCUAUGCUUUUCAAAUACUGUAUCAAUACGGUAAUCUCUUAAGCUUGCUGUUUUUAUGUCUGUAGCUGAGUUUAAAGCAUAUCUUAAUGACACUUUUAAAUCUGUCUGCACUUGCUUUUAAUCUUGUAAUGUCUUUUUAAUCUUGUUUUAUGUUUAUUACUUUUUUAUGGUUUUAUUGUGUAAUUUUAUCUCUUCAUCCAUAUUAAUCUUUUCUGUUUUGUCUGUGUCCUGUCUGUAAAUGUAAUGUGUGCUGCCGCCUCGGCCAGGGCUCACUUGGAAAAGAGAAUUUUAUUGUCAAUGUGCUUUUAUUUCCCUGGUUAAAUAAAGGUAAAAUAAAAUAAAAACACUUUACUUGACACCGGCG